AUGCAGCCUUCAAACAUCCUUCUUGCACUUCUCGGUGCUUCGACUACACUAGCCGCUCCAAUGGAUCAUCGCCUCGAGGAUAUCCAAUGUCGCUGCCUUUCCUUCUCGACGGAUGCCAAACCUACACCUUGCACGUACAUGGAGUCGCAAAGAAUGGACUGGCAUACUGCGAAUUCCCUGGCAGAGGACUACGAGCUUGAGAUCCAGUUUGCCAGUCAGCACACCAUCUCCAACAUCCUGUCUAUCCGUCGGCCACUACCGGACAGCAUAUUGGACGCCAUCAGUGAAGCGGAAGUCAUGCCGGUUCAGGAGGAGGAUUUGAUGCAAAGAAGGAAUAAGAUUGUUUGUGGAUUCGACGAAGAGGUCAAGCAUUUAGGCAGUCAUAGGGGCAUGGAACCUGAGUGUCACUUCGUCAGCUACGUCGUGGCAGCGCUGAUGGCUUUGGUCGCUGUCUAUUUGCUUGCCGAGUAUGUUUGGUCAAGAUUCUUCUCACAAGGUGCCAUCAAACUAGAUGGUUCGGAGAAGACUCUCAUGGCCAAGUACGAGACGACCCAAGAAGAGUCAAGCAGGGAUGCUCCGUCCACACUCCUGUCAUCGGCCGCUUCUGCAAGCCCCUCACACUUUGUCAGACUGGCCCGGCUUCAACGACGCUUCACCAAUGGACUCAUCCACGAGCUUACCGCCACCAUCACCAUCCAGCCGCCAUCAUAG